AUGAGCUCUCAGACUCCAGUUCCUCCCAGUACCUGGGCAAAGCAGCUGUGCAAGGACUGCAAUCCUGUAAUCUCACAAAUGCCUUUCUUUGGACAUUCUGUGGAUGCUUUUCUCAUUCAAGCACAAAUAUAUCUUAUACAGUGGCAUUACUUUCCCACGGAGCAGCUGCCUGGUGCUCUGUCCUGGCUGCCAUCUGGGAUUGCCCUGAGCCCUGAGGUCCUAUCUCUCGCUGAAAUACUGUGGCCAUGUGUGCUGUUCUUGAUUCUAGCUGCAAUCCGCUUCCAGGAGCCCCCAAAAUACAAGGAAAACUGUUACUUAGAAGCUCGUGAUUUACCAGGUCGGGGCCUUUAUCCUUUCAUGCGAACCCUUUUCUGUAACGUUGGUUCAAGAUGCAAGAAUACUAGUUACAGAGCACAGGAAAACAACCACUUUCGGUCCAUCAGUAUAAAUUAAAUCAACCUCAGGGCUGCUCUGACUUAUGCUGGCUGCCGACAGCCUUAGGAAAACAGACUGUCAGCUUGAUCAGCCGAA